AUGCCAAAGUGCGCGCUCUGUCGCGCCUCCACCCCAGGCUUCACCAAGACGCUCUGUGCACAAUGUCACUUUAUCAAGGAGGCCAUGCUCGAGCAUGGCGUCGACAAUACCCGUCGGGCCUUGCAACGUGCCGUGACCGGCAUGCGCGAAACGCCCAACCCAUCACAGCGUGCCAGAGCCUUCACCUUAACUGCGUCAGACGCCUCAAAGGGUGAGAGUGCUACCAAACCCAUCAUCGCUCCCCCGCGCCGCCGUCGCACCAAUACCCUCUCCAGUCAGGGGAGCGCGUACACGCCGAGCGCGCGAACACCCUCCUUGAAAGUAGAUCAAGGUGGCGCACAUGGCACUACAGCAACCAUCGAUUUGGAUGCCAUUGACGACCCUUCUAGUCAUCCCGCAGCAGCGCGCACGGACACCGAUGAUGCUUUGGCCAAGCCCCCUAGCAGCUCAGAGAGCACAGCACUACCAAGGAACUCAGAGGAAGUGGUCUCGGCCGCACCAGCCGAUCUUACAACGACGACUAAGCAGAAGGUGGCCCAACCAUCGCCUCCUGAACACGCAGAGAGCGUUGCAGUGGAUGCGGAUGGCACGCGCACGAUUGAUUUUGGCGACACCCAAAAGGCUGUCAAAAACACGUCGUCUGCCGAGCCAGCAUCGCCCCAGGCCAAUGCAACGGUGUCCACCCCCAAUCCAGCGCUCUCUUCUUCGCAAGGGGCAGAAUCUCGAGGCGAGCUCAGCAUCGAUCCUUCGAUGGUGUUUGUUGUGAAACACUCCUUUGAGACAUCAAAUGCAAAGCAGCUUUCUGUGGUUCGCGGAGAUAUUUUGGUCAUCAAAACAAAGCACACCAACGGCUGGUGGUUAGGCUGCAACAUCGCAAACCAAGCAGCAGGUUGGCUGCCGGGAACAUUUCUCACACCCGCUCCGGAGAAUAUUGCCGACUCGGUCGUUGCGCAACUGGGCGGCACUCUUGCUUUCGGUCGAUCCAAGGUCAGUGCUGCCAAUACAGCUCAGACGAAUGGACCGACGCCGACCAACAACAAUGCGGCUGGGUCCACCAACAGCUCAAAUGGCGUGAACAAGCAAGACGUGAAGUCUGCCGCAGCGACAGGCGCCACGGCAACGGCCCUCUUGACGGGGCCCGUGCGGGCGGACAGUGGUGAAAUAUAUGUGGCAAAGCAUCGCUUUGAGGCGAAACAUCCCAAGCAACUCUCCCUCGAGCGGGGCACGGUCCUGGCUGUCGAAGUGAAGGAGCCCAACGGAUGGUGGCUUGCUCGUAUUAUUAAGAAUAGCCCCGGUUCCGACCUAGUCGUGUCUUGUGGAUAUGUACCUGCAAGUUUCUUGGAACCUUACGGUGGCGAUCUCCAUCCUGUGCGCGAGGUCACACUGCAUCGAGUGACUGGCCAUCCCCUCGGCAUUGGCUUGGGCGCCGUUAAGGGACCUUCCUCCCCGCUUUUCAUCAACCAAAUCUUGGAUGGAAGCAUCGCGUACUACAGUGAUGACGUGAGCAUUGGUGACCUGCUGCUUGCUGUGGAUGGAGAGCCAACCCUGGGCAAGACGAAAACCGAAGUAAUGGGGCAGCUUUCGAGCUCCCAACAGGCUGUUACUCUGCGUCUGCAGUUUAAUGACUCAUUGGCCAUGAAACUAAGACGGCGGCGAAGCUCUGGUUCCCGUAGCGCCUCGCCCUCUACCUCAGAUCUCAUGACGAUUCGUGAAUCCCAAGAGGAUCAUCAGCAACACCAUCAAGCUGUAGGCACAGGCUCUAACCCGAAACCUGAUCAACCCCUGGGUGUGGGCGUUGGUGGGGGCGUGCAGGAAGAUGGCUCUUAUAAGCCCAUCACAGUUCGCAAGGUGGCCCCAGGCAGCCUGGCGGCUGAGGCUGGGUUCCGCAAGGGAGACAUUAUCGUGACCCUUAACGGCGAACACUUUCAAAACGUGUCACACGAAACAGCUGUCGCCACCAUCAAAAGCCAUGCCCGUGCCACUCAGCUUGAAUUUGCCGUCCGAAGAAAGACUCGCAAAACUCGAGGGGUCGAGACCUCCACCGCUUCUCAAGCAGAAGAGGCCACUGAACCGACGGCUCCUGCAAGCCUCCCAAUUGCAAAUCAAGCCGAAGAAGUGGACGGCCCUUUGGACUCACGCCUUUCACCAACGACCUCUGCUCAGGACGAAGAAAAGGCCGAGGCAUCGCUGCACCCCAAAACUCAAUCAGGUGCACCCACAGAAGACCUUGAAAUCUUUCCUUCAGCCGAGGUGCGACGCAGCAUGAGCCCCGACUUGGAUGUGGAUGCAGAAGGCGAUGGAGAGGGCGAACACACCUUUGUUAGUUCGCCCCCACCGCUCUCGUCUGCGCCUGCUGGCAUCGACACUGAUGUGUCGGUUACACGGGAGAUGGACGAUGAUGAGUCGAGCGACUCUGAUGAUGAAGCUAUUCUACCUCCAGCACCUGUGCCCCAUGCAGAGGACACUCAGAUUUGCCACGCGCUGCAAGACGAUACCGAGGCGCAGCUACAGAAUGAUCAAACCCAGGAGUCCACUCAGGACGCUGCUGCUGCUAAGAAACCUGCUACUGUUGAGGUGCUUGCCCAGGAGUCCACUGCCACAGAAGAACCCGCUGCUGUUGAAGAGCCCGCUACUAAACAAGAGGUCGCUGCUGUUGAAGAGCCUGCUGCUACAGGGGAGCCCGCUACCACAGAAGAACCUGUUGCUGCUGAGGAGCCCGCUGUUGCUGAGGAGCCCGCUGCUGCUGAGGAGUCCACUGCUGCUGAGGAGCCCGCUGCUGCUGAGGAACCUGUUGCUGCUGAGGAGCCCGCUGCCACAGAGGAGCCUGUUAUUGCUGAGGAACCUGCUGCUGCUGAGGGGCCCGCUGCUGCUGAGGAGUCUGCUGCCACAGAGGAACCUGUUGUUGCUGAGGAGCCCGCUGCUAUUGAAGAGCCCGCUGCCGCAGCGGAACCUGCUGUUGCUGAGGAGCCCGCUGCUAUUGAAGAGCCCGCUGCCGCAACGGAACCUGCUGUUGCUGAGGAGCCCGCUGCUGCUGAGGAACCUGUUGCUGCUGAGGAGCCCGCUGCCACAGAGGAACCUGUUGUUGCUGAGGAGCCCGCUACUACCCAAGAGCCCGCUACUACCCAAGAGCCCGCUACUACCCAAGAGCCCGCUGUUGCUGAGGAGCCCGCUGCUGUUGAAGAGCUCGCUGCCGCAGCGGAACCUGCUGUUGCUGAGGAGCCCGCUGCUGUUGAAGAGCUCGCUACUACCCAAGAGCCCGCUGUUGCUGAGGAGCCCGCUGCUGCUGAGGAGUCUGCUACCACAGAGGAACUUGCUUCUGUUGAGGAGCCUGCUGUUGUCGAGGAGGCCGCUGCCACAGAGGAGCCUGCUGUUGUCGAGGAGGCCGCUGCCACAGAGGAGCCUGCUGUUGUCGAGGAGGCCGCUGCCACAGAGGAGCCUGCUGUUGUCGAGGAGGCCGCUGCCACAGAGGAGCCUGCUGUUGUCGAGGAGCCCACUGCCACAGAGGAGCCUGCUGUUGUCGAGGAGGCCGCUGCCACAGAGGAGCCUGCUGUUGUCGAGGAGGCCGCUGCCACAGAGGAGCCUGCUGCUGUUGAGGAGCCUAGUGCCACAGAGGAGCCUGCUGCUGUUGAGGAGGCCGCUGCCACAGAGGAACUUGCUUCUGUUGGGGAGCCUGCUGUUGUUGAGGAGCCCACUGCCACAGAGGAGCCUGCUGUUGUCGAGGAGGUCGCUGCCACAGAGGAGCCUGCUGCUGUUGAGGAGCCUAGUGCUCACCAAGAGGAGUCGGCUGCUACUCAAGAGGAGCCCUCUGUGGCAGCAGCUGCUGCUGAGGCGCCUGCUACUCAAGAGGAGCCUGCUGCUACUCAAGAGGUUGUUGAGGAGCCCACUGCCACAGAGGAGCCUGCUGUUGUUGAGGGGCUCACUGUUGUCGAAGUGCCUGCCACAGACGAGGCCGCUGCCACAGAGGAGCCUAGUGCUCACCAAGAGGUGUCCGCUGCUACUCAAGAGGAGCCCGCUGCCACAGAGGAGCCUGCUGCUACUCAAGGGGGUGCUGAGGAGUCUGCUACUACAGAGGAACCUGCUUCUAUUGAGGAGCCUGCUGUUGUCGAGGAGCCCACUGUUGUCGAAGUGCCUGCCACAGAGGAGGCCGCUGCUGCUGAGCAGCCCAGUGCUCCCCAGGAGGAACCCGCUGCUACUCAAGAGGCUACUGCUGCUGAGGAGCCCGCUAUUGUCGAGAAGCCCCCUGUUGCCGAAGUGCCUGCCACAGGAGAGCCCUCUGCUGUCGAAGAGCCCAGUGCUACCCAAGAGGCCGCUGUUGCCGAGGAGCCUGCUGUUGAGGAGCCCAGUGCUACCCAAGAGGAGCCCGCUGCUCCUGAGGAGGAGCCGACUGCUACGAAGGAACCCAUUGGUGAGCUUGUUGCUACUGAGAAACCUUCGGAUGUUGAGAAACCCACGGUCACAGAGGAGCCCGUUGAGAAGCCUGCUGCUACCCAGGAGCCUGCUGUUGCUGAGCAGCCUGUUGCUACAAACCAAGUAUCCGUUGUUGAGGAGCCCGCUACUGAAGAACCCACUAUCAAGAAAGGCUUCGGAAGCUCCACAACUGCCAGUUUCUGCUGUACCACAGCUACCUACUAUCGCAGCCCCUCAAUUGCCGUCUUCUGCUGCGCCUCAAUUGCCAACCUCGGCCGUUCCAUCUUUGUCAACUGA